AUGUCUAUCACUCACAUUGUCCUCUUCCAAUUUAAAGCUGGGAUCGAAGCCCAGGCCAUACAUGCCGCAUGCGACCGAAUGCUCGCACUGAAAGACACUUGCCUUCAUCCAUCGUCUCAAAGGCCUUAUAUCAGGGCAUCUACGGGUGGAGCCGACAACUCUAUUGAAGGAUCACAGGAUGGCAUCACCCAUGCCUUUGUUGUCGAAUUCGACAACGCAGCAUACCGAGAUUAUUACGUCCGGGACGACCCGGUGCAUCAAGCCUUUGUCCAAAGCCUAGACGGACUCAUCGAGAAAGUACAAGUUAUCGACUACACACACGGAACAUUUUAA